AUUACAGUCCGGAUGAGAAGACUCUGAACGGGGAGUGUGACUGCAGCCAGGUUGUGAAGCCCAGUGGGACUCACUUGAAGUUGGUUCUGCGGUUCCAGGAUUUCGGGAAAGCCAUGUUUAAGCCAAUGAGGCAGAGGCGAGAUGAUCAAACGCCAGAUGAUUUCUUUUACUUCGUGGACUUCCAGCGGCACAACGCCGAGAUCGCCGCCUUCCACCUGGACAGGAUUCUGGACUUCCGCCGAGUUCCUCCGGUUUCUGGCCGACUAAUCAAUGUGACCCGCGACAUCCUGGAGGCGACCAGCAAUGCUGACUUGGAGAGUGUGUUCUUCGUCUCCCCGGCGAACAACGUCUGCUUCUUUGCGAAGUGCCUGUACAUGUGUAAGACGGAGUACGCGGUGUGUGGGAAUCCCGACACCUUGGAGGGAUCCCUCUCCACAUUCCUGCCUUCCCUCUCCUUUGUACCACGGCUGUCCGUACCGAGUCCCUGGAUCCGCUCCUACACCUUCACCGGGAAGGAAGAGUGGGAAGUGAAUGCAGCGUACUGCAACUCCAUCAAAGAGCUGCCCCCCUACAGCAACCCCCAGAGGCUCCUCAACAUCAUUGACAUGGCCGUCUUUGACUUCCUGAUAGGGAACAUGGAUCGCCAUCACUACGAGAUUUUCACCCAGUUUGGAGAUGAAGGUUUCCUGCUGCACCUGGACAACGCCAGAGGGUUUGGACAACAUUCCCGCGAUGAGACGACCAUCCUGGCUCCUCUCUACCAAUGCUGCAGGGUGAAGGAGGACACGUGGCGGCGUCUGAACCUUCUGGCUCGGCCCGAGUAUCGGCUCAGUGAUGUCAUGAGAGAGUCGUUAUCCCGGGACAGCCUCAGUCCCAUCCUGAGCGAGCCGCACCUCCGGGCGCUGGACAGGAGGCUGCAGACGGUCCUGAGGGCGGUCAGGAGGUGUAUAAAUGUACAUGGAGAAGAGGCGGUGCUUCAAAAGAAAUCCCCGCCCAUCAGACACACCCCCUCCCUUCCAUGAUGACUACUGCCAGGGGGAGGGGUCAUCUUACAGCCCUCCCCCAAUCACAGAUCUGCCAGCAUGCUGCAAAUUAUUCCGGAUCCUACAGAGACUGCGGAGCAAACCAAUCAUCUGAUAAUAAAUGUCAUUCCCAAA